GACACAUAUUUACUGGGCGCAUUCGAUGCACCAAUUAUUGAAGACAGCCGUUUUAAGCAUUUCACGGCAAUGCAACUCCCUUAACACCGAGUCUGGGAUUUGGGGAGGAGUGCGGGAAAACGCCAGGUCCCGCCAGCAGAGGGCGCGGUCCUGGCCUCGUUGCGGCCUUGGGACCCACCGAGGCUUCCAGGCUCCCACGCUCGCUCCCGAGCGCGUCCCCGCCCUCGCGUCACGUGACGCGGCCGCAGAACCUGAGCUGCCGGGCCUAAGCCGAGCUAAAUUCGUUGCGGGUGGCCGCGGAGGGUGCAACCACAAAGGCUAAUCCGAGGGAGUCGAGGAGGCUCGUGGGGUCGAUGCUUCCUCUUCCAAGUCAGGUCGGCUCCCGUUACCUUCUCGGCAGCAUUCGCCGUUCCCGUCUUCCUGAGCGCGUGCAUGAGGUCUUUCGCGUGGGGAAGCUCUGGUGACCAUGUAGGGGACAAGAGUGAGGAAGCUCCUGGUGCUUGGGACGAGGUCAGCGCUGUCGGCACGCCGCCCCCGCGCCCGCCACACCCCGGUGCGGGCCGGCGGGCCCUGGGCCCUCGUGGGAACUCCGGCCUCCGGUCAAGGCCUGGCCGGGAGCGCCACAAAUUCUCGCGUCGUCUCGCGAGAGUCCAAGUUGAAAACAUGGCGACGUCUAAUCUGUUAAAGAAUAAAGGUUCUCUUCAGUUUGAAGACAAAUGGGAUUUUAUGCGCCCGAUUGUUUUGAAGCUUUUACGCCAGGAAUCUGUUACAAAACAGCAGUGGUUUGAUCUGUUUUCGGAUGUGCAUGCAGUCUGUCUUUGGGAUGAUAAAGGCCCAGCAAAAAUUCAUCAGGCUUUAAAAGAAGAUAUUCUUGAGUUUAUUAAGCAAGCACAGGCACGAGUACUGAGCCAUCAAGAUGAUACAGCUUUGCUAAAAGCAUAUAUUGUUGAAUGGAGAAAGUUCUUUACACAAUGUGAUAUUUUACCAAAACCUUUUUGUCAACUAGAGAUUACUUUAAUGGGUAAACAGGGCAGCAAUAAAAAAUCAAAUGUGGAAGACAGUAUUGUUCGAAAGCUUAUGCUUGAUACAUGGAAUGAGUCAAUCUUUUCAAAUAUAAAAAACAGACUCCAAGAUAGUGCAAUGAAGCUGGUACAUGCUGAGAGAUUGGGAGAAGCUUUUGAUUCUCAACUGGUUAUUGGAGUAAGAGAAUCGUAUGUUAACCUUUGUUCUAAUCCUGAGGAUAAGCUUCAAAUUUAUAGGGACAAUUUUGAGAAGGCAUACUUGGAUUCAACAGAGAGAUUUUAUAGAACACAAGCACCCUCGUAUUUACAACAAAAUGGUGUACAGAAUUAUAUGAAAUAUGCAGAUGCUAAAUUAAAAGAAGAAGAAAAACGAGCACUACGUUAUUUAGAAACAAGACGAGAAUGUAACUCUGUUGAAGCACUCAUGGAAUGCUGUGUAAAUGCCCUGGUGACAUCAUUUAAAGAGACUAUCUUAGCUGAGUGCCAAGGCAUGAUCAAGAGAAAUGAAACUGAAAAGUUACAUUUAAUGUUUUCAUUGAUGGACAAAGUUCCUAAUGGUAUAGAGCCAAUGUUGAAAGACUUGGAGGAACAUAUCAUUAGUGCUGGCCUGGCAGAUAUGGUAGCAGCUGCUGAAACUAUUACUACUGACUCUGAGAAAUAUGUUGAGCAGUUACUUACACUAUUUAAUAGAUUUAGUAAACUCGUCAAAGAAGCAUUUCAAGAUGAUCCACGAUUUCUCACUGCAAGAGAUAAGGCAUAUAAAGCAGUUGUUAAUGAUGCUACCAUAUUUAAACUUGAAUUACCUUUGAAGCAGAAGGGGGUGGGAUUAAAAACUCAGCCUGAAUCAAAAUGCCCUGAGCUGCUUGCCAAUUACUGUGACAUGUUGCUAAGGAAAACACCAUUAAGCAAAAAACUAACCUCCGAAGAGAUUGAAGCAAAACUUAAAGAAGUGCUCUUGGUACUUAAGUAUGUACAGAACAAAGAUGUUUUUAUGAGGUACCAUAAAGCUCAUUUGACACGACGUCUUAUAUUAGACAUCUCUGCCGAUAGUGAAAUUGAAGAAAACAUGGUAGAGUGGCUAAGAGAAGUUGGUAUGCCAGCGGAUUAUGUAAACAAGCUUGCUAGAAUGUUUCAGGACAUAAAAGUAUCUGAAGAUUUGAACCAAGCUUUUAAGGAAAUGCACAAAAAUAAUAAAUUGGCAUUACCAGCUGAUUCAGUUAAUAUAAAAAUUCUGAAUGCUGGUGCCUGGUCAAGAAGUUCUGAGAAAGUCUUUGUCUCACUUCCUACUGAACUGGAGGACCUGAUACCAGAAGUAGAAGAAUUCUACAAAAAAAAUCAUAGUGGUAGAAAAUUACAUUGGCAUCAUCUCAUGUCAAAUGGAAUUAUAACAUUUAAGAAUGAAGUUGGUCAGUAUGAUUUGGAGGUAACCACGUUUCAGCUUGCUGUGUUGUUUGCAUGGAACCAAAGACCCAGAGAGAAAAUCAGCUUUGAAAAUCUUAAACUUGCAACUGAACUCCCUGACGCUGAACUUAGAAGGACUUUAUGGUCUUUAGUAGCUUUCCCAAAACUCAAACGGCAAGUUUUAUUGUAUGAACCUCAAGUCAACUCACCCAAAGACUUUACAGAAGGUACCCUCUUCUCAGUGAACCAGGAGUUCAGUUUAAUAAAAAAUGCAAAGGUUCAGAAAAGGGGCAAAAUCAACUUGAUUGGACGUUUGCAGCUCACUACAGAAAGGAUGAGAGAAGAAGAGAAUGAAGGAAUAGUUCAACUACGAAUACUAAGAACCCAGGAAGCUAUCAUACAAAUAAUGAAAAUGAGAAAGAAAAUUAGUAAUGCUCAGCUGCAGACUGAAUUAGUAGAAAUUUUGAAAAACAUGUUCUUGCCACAAAAGAAAAUGAUAAAAGAGCAAAUAGAGUGGCUAAUAGAGCACAAAUACAUCAGAAGAGAUGAGUCUGAUAUCAACACUUUCAUAUAUAUGGCAUAAUUUUGAAUAUCAUGGACAAUAUUUAGAACCCAAAUUUUGGAGUGCUUGGGCAGAAAGUUGUAAAGUUUGUGCUGGAGAAAGGUUUAUUUGGACUUUGAUUACAUAAAUAUUAAAAUCUCUGCCUUACCUUACAAAAA